UAUCGAUAACUAAAUGGUCACACUGGUGUGUUGUGAACAAAACAGGACGCAGUCAUAAUAACUUUAUUUUUGUCGGUUUUUAUCUAUUAAAACCCACCUGACCAUGGCCUACGACCUGAAAAAGGAGUCCGACGUGAAGGAGUACGUGGAGAAGCUGGGCAUGGAGUAUCGCUUCGGCUGCUAUAUGGAAAAGAAGCCGGAAGCCUGCCACCUGUUGGGCGACUAUCUGGAGGGCAUUAAGAAAGACUUUGAGAAGGCCUCCAAGGUGUACAAGUCGACGUGUGACGAUUAUGGUUACGCAAAGUCCUGCUAUAAGUUUGGCAACUACAGCUUCCUUGGCAAGGGCAAGAGCGGCAGCAAGGGUGAGCCAAGGGUGGCGUAUCAGUACUACGAAAAGGGCUGUCAACUGAACGAUCCGGAUGCCUGCCUACACUCUGGCCUGCUGCUAUUCUCCAGUUCGAUGCCCAAGGAGAUAGACAGGGAUGUGCUGAAGGGUCUGGAGUUCCUCAACAAAAGCUGCGACAUGAACAAUGCCACCGCCUGCUUCUACCUCUCUGGCAUGCACAUUGCCGGUGUACAAAAGAAGCUAGAUCCAGCUACGGCAGGAUCUGCAUCUUCAGCGUCCACCCCCAGCACUGGUACAGCUCCUCCGUCCAACGCAACCGCUGCUGCUGCCGCCGCAGCCGCCUCCCCCAAGACGCCCCCCAAGGACUCCGACUAUGUGGUGCUUAAGGAUAUGAAAAAGGCCUUCAUGUUUGCACGAAAGGCCUGCGAGCUACGCAAUAUGUACGCUUGCGCCAAUCUCAGCCAGAUGUACGCCCGAGGCGAUGGGAUCGAGAAGAAUGAAAAGGAGGCGGAAAGGUACAAGAAGAUGGCCAUUGAGAUGCAUGACGAGGUGAAGAAGCAGCAGGAGACGCUCGGCUUCCAGCAGGGCGUGGGCAUGCCCAAUUGAUUACCGAUUUUAUACUACUGCAACGUUUCUUAUAUUCUUUUUGCUUUGAUUGUUUUUGUCAACACACCAAACCCCAUACCUUAACCAGGUCGAACUUUAGUUAAUUCGACCGUUUAGCUUGUGUUCUUUUUAUUUGUGAUUUCCGUGUACAUAGCCGAAGGGCGUAAGAGCGAUAGAAUGAGAUAAAAUUCCUAGUUUUAAUUGUUAAUGUUAUUAAAGUAACGAAAAUGAAGAAUGAAAUGAAAUGAGAAGAGAAAAGAGAAACCCUUAAAAACAAUU